ACCGAGGUAAACAAUAUGGCGGAUCAGUAUAGGUUUGUAUUUCGUUUAUCUUUUACUGAAUUAACAGAGACGGAUGACAUACUGAUUCUGCUUUUUCAGUUUGAAAGUCUUUAAUUCAAUGGUUUAAAGUCCAAGUAGGAAGUCCCGAGGAAACAACUAAUCCCCCCCCCCCCACUUUUAAAAAAAAACAUUACGGGGUGGUGGGGAGGGCCGCACCGGGUACCUCAAAAGGAAAAUUUGAAUUUGAGAGUUCAAGUCGGCUCAUUAAAAAUCUAAUUUUAAAAAAGUUCAGGGAAGGGUAUUUUCAGUUUGAAAGUCUUUAAUUCAAUGGUUUAAAGUCCCAGUAGGAAGUCCCGAGGAAACAACUAAUCCCCCCCCCCCCCACUUUUAAAAAAAAACAUUACGGGGUGGUGGUGAGGGCCGCACCGGGUACCUCAAAAGGAAAAUUUGAAUUUGAGAGUUCUAGUCGGCUCAUUAAAAAUCUAAUUUUUAAAAAGUUCAGGGUAGGGUGAGUUAGGGCAAGGCCGGCACUAGGAGUUGUGGGACCGACACUCGAGGGGGUGCAGGGGCGGGUGAGCGGAAAAAGUUACAGGCAAAAAGUCACAAGUUUUGAAAAUUUUGAUGGAUAACAUAGGAAAAUGAGCUAAAAUUUAGGACGGAUGCCACAGCGACUUUUGUGUCUUUAUUAUGGUUGCAAUGAAUUAGGGUUUAGGUUAGGUUGAGGGAUCGAUUUAGGGUUUAGGCUAGACAUAGGGAUCGAUUUAGGGUUCAGGUUAGGCAUAGGGAUCGAUUUAGGGUUCAGGUUAGGCAUAGGGAUUGAUUUAGGGUUCUGGUUAGGCAUAGUGCCGCGGCAUAGGGAUCGAUUUAGGGAUACAUUCGUGAAAUUCGAUAAAAUAGUGGCAUUCGUCCUUAAAAUUUACCGGAAAAUGAAAUAAAGUCACAGAAAAAAUGUAACAGAAUAACUUUUUACCAUUACCCGUAAUUUUAUGUCAAAAAAAUUAUGUGUAGGGGUAAGUAUAUUAAAUCUAUAGUCUAUAUAAUAUAAAUGAAUAAAUGUUUAUUAUAGACUAGUACUGGUACUGACUACUGGUACUGGUAGUAGAUAUCAGUAUCAAUAAAUGGAAUUAAUUAAGAGACGGCUCAUGAGGAUAACCUUAGGAUCAAUUCUCACUUGGGAUUAAAAUGGGGGUGUUAUUUGUGUGAUGUAUACAUCUUAAAAUCACACAUUUAAUUCUGUGAUUUAUUCAUAAAUAGUUAUUUUUACUAUCUUCAUAGACAAACAUUCAAAUUAGGGGUGUGCCGGAGUCCGGUCCGGAAUCCGGUUCCGCCGGAUUUUGCACUAUCCGGUGAAAUCCGGUUCCGCCGGAUUUACAUGUAUCCGGAACAACCGGAAUCCGGAAUUUACCGGAUUUCGGAAUUUGCCAGAUUUUGUGACUCACCGGAUCAUAAUCUGAAAUAAAAGUAAUUCUCUUUCCCGAAUUCCACACGAUCACGAUACAUUAAUCGAUUGUUUCGAGCGUUGAGCUUGUUUAAUGUUUAAUAUUCCGUACAUACCAGAGGCUAGAGUCAGCACCGCUAAUAGUGGCCAAUAGUGUAGGGACUUUGAUAAGAAAAUUUAAACUUUUUGUAAAAAUAAACCAAUGGCAUAGUUGAAAAGAUGUAAUUUUUUAAAGAAUUAUAACACCAAAAUCAUAUUUUUAGCUGUUGUAGUUUUAAAGUUAUGAAUUUUUAAAGUACGACUUGGUUUGUCAUUUUUUAACAUGGACUGCAUCUCCACAUUCUGUGAUCUCAUUCCACCAAUCCCGUCAUGCGCAAUGACUAUAUAGUUUAUAUAAGGCAACGCAUUCCCUGCCUUAUCACUAAAAUACUGUUUAGACUUAGUUUAAACUUUCAACUUUGGCACAUGAAUAAUUAAUUAAAGCUUUCCCUGACCAAUGGUUUAAUAGUUUUUGCACACGGCAAACUCUUAUGAAUGAAACUCUGAGGUAGUACUACGAUACAGUUAUGCAAGUGGCUGUGAAUGGUUGCCAAUGACAACGUGUUGCACACGGUAAAUUCUGAUCAUUUAUAAUAUGGAUUCUACCGGGUUGUUAAAGCUCAAAUUAAAACAUUCCAGUUUAAAUGUCUUUAAAUGCAUUCUGAAACACAAGUUAUCAAUUAUUUUGAUGUAAAUAGUGAUAAUAAAUUAAUAUUUCCUAAGUAUCGUCAACUUCCGCCAUUAAAAAGGGGGGCGUGGCCAACCCCAUGGCGAAAUUAGGUUGAGCGAGCUGCAUAACCUGCUGCGAACGCGUAGAAACAUGGCGUCUCUCGUAAGACACUUAUCCAAAUGGAACGGAACUCAAAUAUAUAUCGAAAGUACUAAUUUAAUAAUAAAUAGACACACACAUCGGAAAAUUAAAAACUCGGAUUUUUUGGCGCCGAUUGCGAAUUCCCAUACACAAAAAGUAGUAGUCCACCUUGACUUACCGAAGUAUCUACCAAUAGUACCAAAAUCCGGAAUCCGGGAGAAACCGGAAUCCGGAUUAUUCCGGAAUCCGAAUCCGGAUCCGGCGGAUUUCGCAUAAGAAAAUCCGGAUCCGGUUGGAAAAAACGGAUCCGGCACACCCCUAAUUCAAAUGGCUCUUGAAUAGAUGGUGACGAUUUUUGUUGUUCACCAUUUCUCCCUAUUUCUGUUGUGUAAUUAAACAAACCCUCACCAUAAAAUAUCAGACAUAUAUAAGAAUGGUUCCACUACCCACUCACAUAAUAUUCACCAUGGUUUUUGGUAAGAUACAGUAAGGUGGAUGUAUAUUGACAAGAUUUAUCUCCCUCUAAGCCCUAUGGCAUCAUCAGCUUGGGGAAUAACAACUCUUGUAGGAGUGAAUGAUAUGAAGGCCUAUGUUCCCUUUUAAUUGUAAACCCAAAUUAGAUGUGAAUGCUUUUUUUGUGAAUGGUUUUUGGUAAGAUUCAGUAAGAUGGAUAGUGGAUGCAUAUUGACAAGAUUUAUCUCCCUCUAAGCCCUAAGGCAUCAUCAUCUUGGGGAAUAACAACUCUUGUAGUAGUGAAUGAUAUGAAGGCCUAUGUUCCCUUUUAACUGUAAACCCAAAUUAGAUGUGAAUGCUUAACUCCAUAACUACUUAAUAAAUAAAACAGUGGGCUAUUUCAUCAGUUUUUAUUUUAGAAAUAAUUGAAAAAUACAAAAUAUAACCUUUACAUUUUCCCCUCCAAUUCAGGAAGGAUAUUUUGUGAAUUUAUAUAUAACCCAUUUUUACUCUUUGGUAAAAAAACAUUUCUUUUUGCCAUUUCACAUAUUCUAUAAAUUUUGAUUUAAUUUCAAAUUUAAGAUGAUUCGAAUUUUAAAAAGCAGUAUAAUUAAUAAGUUUUUAAAAAUAAAAACUAUAUUUUCUUUUGACAGGAUUGCUCAACCUAAAGACUACUACAGACAGUUCUUGGUAAAAAUCUAUCUUGGCCAUGUUUCAAAAUGUUUGAUUUGUCAUUUCUUUGAAAGUGAUGCUAUAGAGACUAAUGUAUUCUUUACCUUUAAAAACGAAUUGAUAUGCACUGCUUUUUUCUUUCGGAUGCCUUUCUUUCCCCUUUUCUUUUUCUUAGUAAAUGUAAGAAAAUUGUUUUCUUCAUUUUACAGGAGAAAGAUGUCAGGCCUGAUAAUAGAGGGCUUGGGGAAUAUAGAGCAACCGUCAUGAAUAUUGGUAAGAAAACAAGAUGUAUUUUAAUUUUGCUUUCUUUCUAAAACAGUUUGAAUCAAGUCAUUUUUGGAUAAAAGGAGAUAAGAUGACAUGACUAUGCAAUUUUCAUGCCAAUUUACAACCAGUGUUAUGUGUUUCAUCAGGCUGUGUGUCAACGGCGGAGGGGUCCUCUCUUGUUAAAAUUGGAAACACAACAGUCAUGUGUGGCAUCAAAGCCGUAAGUAAAAUUUCCAGGCCAGUAAAACUCAUGAUAAAAUACCACAUAAUAACUGAACAUCUAUUUAUAUUAAUAAAUUGUUCGUUUUCUCUUCCCUAGAUAUAUAUUAUUAAAUACUUGCUUGCUGUCAUAAUAGUUUAUAUUAUAUUAUUAGAUCCUAUUAUCAUUCCUAUUUAAUUUUUAUUUACAUACUUAGUUUGUGAAUUUCAUAUCAUCCAGCUGAUUGUUCCAGUGUCAUCAUUAUCAAAAAUAAUUGUGUUUCAUAUUUAUGGAUAGAUAUUCUGUUUAUUCAUACUUUCAUCUUCAUCGUACAUGUUAACACACAUCAUUUUCUCUAUAGCAGUUCAACCUUCUUCUGUUUACUUCCAUCUUUACACCUUUAACAUGAUCACCUGUUUAUCCAAACACAUAUCCAUAUUUGUUUAUUUAGCCUACAACCUCAAGCAUAUUAGACAUACACAUCGCCAGAUAUUUUGUGAAAAUUCUUCCGCCCUUUUGGCCAUAGAUAUAUUUGUAUUGUAGCAUGCAACGUCUGGUGUUGUAAACAUAAACACUUCUCUUAGUUUAGUGUUAAAGUUUUUAUUGCUUUUAAACAAAAUUCUCAUUUCAGGAGGUUGCUGAACCAGGUGUUGAUGGAAAAAAUGGUUAUUUAGGUGCGAUUCAACCUAAUUUAUUAUUUUAAAAUCAAAAUUACAUUAUUUUAAUGUCAUUAUAAUGGCCAUUGAACUUGAACAUGUUAAAUAAAAAAAUUAGUGUUGACGGUUGUUCAAGGAUAUGACCUUAUGUUUCUAAUGGAUUCCAUGGUCUGCUCUGCUCUGCUCUGCUCCGCUCCUCCUUCAAACUUUUAAUUUUAACUAUUGCUAAUCUUCUUAAUUGCAUCCUGAAUGUAUUUUUCCCAGUUCCCAAUGUUGAGUUAUCCCCCUUGUGUUCAGCAAACUUUAGACCAGGUCCACCUGGAGAGCUUGCUCAAGUGCUGAGUCAAAAUAUGGCAGAUCUCAUAGCAGAGUAAGUCUCAUAGAUAAGUCUGAACAGAUUUUUAAACCAGAAAUGUUUUUUUUUAAAUAAUGGCUAAUAAGUAAUACACUUUAAUUAUUAUAGUUUCAACAUUUUUAUUUAACUUUUAAACUAAUUACAAUGUUUAUGAGUUUGCCCUUUGUAUUGCCAACAGUUCACAGUGUGUUAAGCUUGAAAAUCUGUGUGUAUGUCCUGGGAAGGUAAUGCUUUAAUUAUAAGUUACUAUUAUUUUGUUUUUCAUAUUUUAUGCACAGAAUUAGGAACUUUUUUUUUAUUGCAUUAAUUAAGUGAAAUGUCAAUGUAAUGACAGUAUAAUUAUGUGAUCUAAUUAAAGGAAUCAACAAAUAUUUUUAUGAAAGGUUAAACAAGAUUGAUUUAAUUUCUGAUGCCUGAAAAAAAUUGAGUGCCUAGUAAGCCAAUUCAUUGUGGUCAGAUGGUUGAUAGAUUGGGAUUUUGCUAAUCACCAUCAGUUAUUAUUGCGCUUUGGCAUUAAGAUUAAAUUUAUUUUCAGCUUGUGUGGGUGCUUCACAUAGAUCUUGUUUGUUUGGAUUAUGAUGGAAAUUUGAUGGAUGCUUGUACAUUAGCCAUGAUGUCAGCGCUCAAAAGCAGUGAGUCAUUAAGUGAAUAUAUUAUUAUCCGGUUUGGCCCUUGUCUGUUUUAUAGUUUUUAAAAAGUCAAUGUAGUUUAAGGUAAAAAGAAACAAACAAUCAGGGUCAACAUUAGUCGUAAGGCUAAAUAAAAUAGAAGAUCAUCUCAAAAUCUAUGACAUUGUGUUUGAUGAUGUUGUUAUAAAACAAACACAUCUUUUUUGUUUUGUAUUUCAGCAUCUUUACCGGUUGUAACAGUGGAUGAGGAGUCUGGUGAGAUCAAAACUGAUCCAUCUUCACGCACCCUGUUACCUGUGUCAUGUUGUCCAGUGUCAACAACUUUAAUUGUAUUUGACAAGUGAGUCUGUUUUUUUUCUCUCCUCCGACUUUAGAAUCCUUUGUAUUUGUAAAACCAUACCUUGCUUUAGUUAACAAAUUUCAUGAGAUAUUUUGACUUUCAUAAUAAACGUCUCCCAAAAAUAUGAAUUCAUAGAAUAUUUGACUGCUUUUACAAAAAUCCAUUACAAUAAAUUAACAAAUUGUGUUUUAAAACCUGAAAUUCAGAACUUGAAGGAAAGAAAAAGAAAUGAAAUAAAAUUGAUUAAAAAAAGUUUCCGUCCUGAAACAGAAAUGAUAUUGUUUUCGUAGAUGGUGGAACACUGAGUCAAAUUUAAGCAUCGGAAUGAGAGGCUGGUUUGAUGGGGAGGGAGGGGUUGGAGGUGGGCAGAAACAAAAUGUUUGGCACUAGAGGUCUCUUUUGAUAAAAUUUUUAUGUACAGCGCGGUGAGCCCAGCCCUAGGCUGGGGUACCGCGCCAUGUAAGACCUCUUAUUAUUAUUAUUAAUAAUAGCUGAAAAUUUCAGCACUGGAAGUCAGUGAUUUUUAUGCUACAUUUAUGUUUCAGUAAACUAUUACUAGUUGAUCCAACCAGUGAGGAAGAGUCAUUGGCAACAGGAGCUGUAACUGUUGUAACAGAAGGCAAAAAUGUUUGCAGCAUUUACAAACCAGGUGAUUGGAGUUGCUGUUCUUUAUAUUUUUAGUUGAAAAAGGUCAUUUUAAAGAUGAAACCUAUGCCUACUAUAUAUGUGAUUAUGUCUUUAUGUACCGUAUGUAGUUUCCUAUGUUGUUUAAUAAUGGUGAAAACCAAACCAUGGAUAGCAACCUAAUUGGACACGGUCAUAUGUCUUGACCCUAAGAUGGUUCCUGGAAAGUUUGAAAUCCUUUCACGCCAAAAUGCUGUAAUUUUUAAAUAAUCAAUUUAGGAGACUGGCAUUGUGAAAAAAAUCCAUUUGAUAAAUACGGCGACAGUCCAUUAUAAAUAGAUGAAAAUCUCAAAUAUUGCAACCGGUCAUAUUUUUCGGUACUUCCACCGUCCACCAAUCAUAUUUUUCAACCAUUCACCGCAAGAUAUUCUAUACUAUCUACUCUAUAAAGGGCAGUGAGAGAAAAUGUAAUUUUAAAAAUAAUUAGAUUUACUCUCCAGAAAACAACGGACCAAGCCUGCUCGUUAAACAUUCGUCACAUUUAUAAAUACACUUAAAUAAAUUUACAAAGCAGGUUACAUAGUAUUUUGUAACUGAGUUGGUCAUAAAUGAUCUCCUGAUCUAGUGACCUUUGCCCUACGCUCUUAGACACAGAUGCAUACGAAAUUAUGUUGACAAGAAGUUACAAAAAAUUUUUCUUGGAAAUUCUUCGGAAAGUUAAUUUCGCACUGCUUUAUUGAUUUAGAACAUUAUUUUUCGACAGUGUUAGUUAGCAAAAUGAAAUAAAAUAAAAUCAGGAUAAAAUACUAGUUUUUUUAAGGGUGACUCAUUCUUAUGUUCUUUAAAAGGAAUCACAUUUUUUCUGACUGACACAUAGCACUGCAAACUUCUUUGUUUAGUAACUUUUUGGCACAAACCAUUCUGGUUUUUCUGUUUACAUAUUAUGGUAUGUGUGUUUUGAAUGGAUCUAGUCUUGUAAAGCUUAAAUAGUACCAAAAAAAUGUAAGAAAAUUGUGUCUGGUUUUGUGCAAGUUCAACACUUGUCACUGGUAAUAAUGGAAUAAUUCCAUUUGCAGGUGGGACACCCUUGACAGAUAAACAGAUACGUGACUGUAUAGAGAGAGGUUUUAUCAGAGGGAAAGAAGCAAGAUCAUUGAUAGAAGAAACUUUGUGCUCUGUUGAUAGAUAGCAAUGCUACAUAAAGGUGCUCUGUUGAUAAAUAGCAAAGCUACAGAAGUUUGUUUUAGUUUGUACAGCAUUCCC